AUGGCAUCUGCGUCCAACACAACCAAUUUAGUAGAAGCUUUUUACAGAGGGACUGAAAAGACCCAUAAGAAAUCAAAGGAUAUCGACUUCCAUGUCGGGACUGGAGUCUUCUUUGAUCUUGACAAGAAGAGAGUCACUAUUGAUGCAGAGGAAGAAACCAAAAAGAAGAAGUUGAAGAUGAAACUUAAGAAGAUCCUUAGCGAAUAUGACGAUGAUGAUGAUGAUUGUGACGACGGGAAGAAGUUCUUUGGUAUUUUUGGUCACAAUGGUCUGCUUUCAGUUAAUGACUCAAGUGUUCAAAUGAUGGGGGGAGUAUCAGCAUUGAAUCAACUAGUUGAUGGUGAAGAGAAGAUCGAAGACUUUGAAAAGAAUAACGGAAUAAGAAUAGGAUCUGGAUUUUACUUUGAUUUGACCUUGGAUAAGGAUAAGGGAGACCUUGAAAAGGAGAAUGAACAACUUCCUAUGGUUCCUACUUCACCCAGGCCUCCACCUCCAGGGUACUACAGUAAUCGUCGUCCUCUUUCUGAUGAUGGUUGUGAAAAUGAUAAUGAUAGUGAUUCGGAUGAAGAUGAAGAUGAUUUAAAACGUUACAGUAACAAGAAAUCUAAAAAGAUUUGGUUCUGGCCCUUUAGUGUUGACGUUCAACACUCUAAGAAUGAUACUAAUAAAGUUCAAAUAUCCUCAACGUAUUUGCUUUCUCAUGCGAAGGAAACCACCUCAAAUCUCUUCACCACUAAGUCAACAUCUUCAAACGUCACUGCCACAAUAACAAACAAGGGUCAUCUUGAACAAGAUUAUGAAGAAGAAGAUCAUGACUAUACAAGCGGUGGAUCGAUGAACCAUUAUCCUGGUCUCUAUGCUGUUACUAUUAUGAUACUUACCACUGCUGCUAUUAUAUAUUAUUACAAUUGA